AUGGAUGAUGUAGAUGAGACUACAGCCCUCCUAGGGUUCACCAAGAUCAAGUAUACUGUCGGUACACCGGACACUCUUGACAGUUUGUCAGACUCACCCGGUGACAGCAGCGACGAGGCGCAGGAAAAGCCCCUGCCUAAGCUGCAGAUUUUGUUACUUUGCUAUGCCCGUGCAGUGGAGCCUCUGGCCUUUUUCUCCAUCUUCCCCUAUAUCAGUCAAAUGGUGCAGGACAAUGGGAACGUGCCAGACUCGGAUAUCGGCUUCUACAGCGGACUCAUCGAGUCAAUGUUCUCCCUGACGCAGGCCAUUGUUAUGAUAUUAUGGGGCCUAGCAGCCGAUCGUAUGGGCCGUAGGCCGGUCUUGGUCUUCUCCUUGUUCGGUGUGACUGUGGCGACAGGCCUCUUUGGCCUGGCCAAGACCAUACCACAGAUGGUCAUGUUUAGGUGUCUUGCUGGAGUCUUUGCUGGGACCAUUGUCACCAUCCGCACGAUGAUAGCCGAGCACAGCACACCCAGUACCCAGGCCCGGGCGUUCAGCUGGUUCGCCUUUAGCGGGAACCUAGGCAUCUUCGUAGGGCCUUUAUUGGGCGGUGCACUUGCUAACCCGGUACAACAAUACCCUGGUAUUUUCGGGGGUAUCGGCUUCUUCGAAAAAUAUCCCUACGCGCUCUCGAGCUUAGUAGUCGCAUUGGUGGGAGCCACCGCUGCCGUGUCUAGCGCCUUGUUUGUCGAAGAGACGUUGAAGAAGGAGCCGGUUGUGGUGGAUCAUGAUGGCGAAGAGGUGGCAUAUGAUGCGCCAGCCCAGAAUGGUGACCUAUCGACAUGGCAGCUUCUCAGAUCACCAGGGGUUGGUAUGGUCCUAUACGCGUACGGGCAUAUCAUGAUCCUUGCCUUUGCGUACACGGCCAUUAUUCCAGUCUUUUGGUUCACUCCCGUACAUCUCGGGGGGUAUAGUUUCACGACUCUGCAAAUUUCGUUGAUGAUGGGUCUAAAUGGUGCCGCACAGGCUACAUGGCUCCUCCUAGUGUUUCCCCCUUUGCAGAAGAGGAUAGGGUCGAAUGGAGUGAUCCGCCUCUGCGCUUUUAUCUUUCCAUUAUUCUUCCUAUGUUGCCCUCUUGGCAAUGUACUUCUUCGCAUGGGCACAGAUGGAUCCGUUAAAGCCUUUUGGAUUCUCUUGCCGACUGGGCUGGCCAUUGGCUGUGGAGUCAGCAUGAGCUACACGGCGAUUCAGCUCGCCCUGAACGACGUCGCACCCUCGCCGAGGGUACUGGGCACGCUGAAUGCGCUGGCGCUGACUGGUACUAGUACUCUGAGAGCGUUCUGCCCGGCUCUCUUCACUAGCCUCUUCGCCAUGGGGGCGAGGACACAGCUGGCUGGAGGCCAUGCCAUCUGGAUACUCAUGCUUGUGCUUGCUUCGGGCUUAUCGGUUACAACAAAAUUUCUCCCAGAGCCCAAGGUCAUCGGCAAGCGCCGGAACAGCCAAACCAGGUGA